UCAAUUAUCAUUCUUUUUGCCCAAACAAUGAGGAGGGAAGGUCGCCAACAUGGUAUGGUCCGGACAUACCGGGUCCUCCCAUCUCCGUUGAACCCGAAGCCGGAAUCUCGGGUCAUUCAACAAUUCGACACGCCUCCGACUGCCGGAUUAUUCAUGAAGGUGCCUACCAAGCCGACUAAUCAUUCCAAGUUUACGGGGCGAUGCGGUAGGGCACGGUGCUUGGGGUGUCACAUGCAUCCGACAUGCAAGUCCAGGGACAAGACGAAGGGCAGUCGUAAAUUGAAGCCGAGCGAAAUGGUUUCUAGCUGCAGGUCGAUCACUUGGAGAGUUGUUGAUGGGAGGCCUGGUUUCAAAGCUUCUGGGUUUUCAGCCUCAAUGAUUUUGGACCAUUUGUCUGAUGAUCACGAUGACGAUCAUGAUGAUAUCGAUGACGACGGCGAUGACGAUGAUGGAUGUGUAGCUAAUGAUGGUUCCAAAGUGAUUUCUCAAGCCUUGGGAGAAAUGGAAGAUUAUGAAGAUGACCAUAUUGAGGAUGAUGAUGUGAAAAAUGAUGGUGUUCAUGUUCAUGUUGAUGUUGAUGUUGCUGCUGCUGAUGAUGAGGGUUGGUAUUUAGUUGGGAGAAUUUGACAAUCAUUAUUGGGUUUUAAUAAUUUUAUAUUUUGGUUGAAUUUGGAUUGUGGGUUAGGCCAUGAUUUAUUAAAUAA